AGUGCUUGGAUUGGCCGCCUUUAAAAACACGUAAGUAAUAAUAUCCUUCUUUUGAUCUCUAAUUGUAAAUCAUUGGUUCCAAUGGAAAAUUGAUUCAUCUAGCUGGCAUCCAGGAUGUAAUAUCUUUUGAUCCAAUCAAUAUACAUGAUUAUCUUUUGUAAAAAAAAAAAAAAAGAGAUUCAUCUAGCUAGCUAGCUUAUUAUAUGUUCUUUUGCAGCUUCUAUUUCGAUUUCAGCAUGACAUACAUUGGAGCGGGGAUGAUAUGCUCCCGCCUUGUCAACCUGUCACUGCUUUUCGGCGCUGUUGUCUCGUACGGUGUAAUGUGGCCCCUUAUUGGUGGGAAGAAAGGAGACUGGUUUCCUUCCUCGUUACCAGAAAGGAUAUCUUGCCUUCUCCAUCGUCUCCGUCGUGGUUAUCCCUCUCAUGUUCCCCCAGGUCAAAUGGUACUAUGUAGCCGUCGCCUACAUUCUGGCUCCCGCCCUCAGCUUCUGCAACGCAUACGGCGUCGGUCUAACAGACAUGAAUAUGCCCUACAACUACGGCAAAGUAGCCCUCUUUGUACUUGCAGCACUCUCAGGGACGGAGAAUGGCGUCAUCGCAGGGAUGGUAGGGUGUGGGCUAAUCAAGUCCAUCGUCUACAUCUCUUCCGAUUUGAUGCACGACUUUAGGACGGGACAUCUCACCCUUACCUCUCCACGGUCUAUGGUUCUAUGCCAAGCUGUUGGCAUGGCCAUAGGCUGUUUUGUCGCGCCACUGGCCUUCUUCAUGUUCUACAAGGCCUACGACGUUGGGGACCCAAACAACGAGUACAAGGCUCCCUACGCCCUCAUAUACAGGAACAUGGCGGUCCUGGGAGUUGAAGGCUUCUCUGCCCUGCCCUGGCACUGCCUGCUUCUGUGUUGGGUGUUUUUUGGGUUCGCCAUUGUCGCCAAUAUGUUGAGGGACUUGCUGCCCAAGCGAGCCGGGAACUGGAUUCCGCUGCCCAUGGCUAUGGCUGUGCCUUUCCUGGUAGGAGGGUAUUUUGACAUCGACAUGUGCGUGGGGACCCUGGUUGUCUUUCUGUGGCACAAGUUGGACAGCGCGAAGGCUAAGGUGAUGGUUCCUGCUGCAGCUUCGGGCUAAUUUGUGGAUAUGGGUUGUGGAUUCUGCUCGCAUCCGUUUUUGCGCUGCUUAAAGUGACCCCUCCGAUUUGUAUGGGUUUCACCCCUAGUAAGAGGAGGUUUGGGGAAAAGGGGGAAGGAUGAAGAGGAAGAUGAAAGGUUGAGCCAGCAGUAGUGUUAUGUUUCUCAAUGACAUUUUACUACCAUGGUGGAUUCUGCCCACACCCAGCCCUUUUUCUAUGCUUUAAUAUUGUCUAUCUAACAAACAACUGGGACAAUUUUCUUCUCUCAACUCUCUCAAUGAUGGAAUAGAUUGAUAUAAUAGGAAGGAUUUUUUUUUUAAUGUUUUUAGAAGGGAAGUUGGAAUCUUGGUAGGAAGAAUAUAAACUUCCUUCACAUUUAUAUAAUAGGAAAUUUAUAUAAUAGGAAGGAUGUUUCAGAAAAGUGAGUGAGGGGAGAGAAGGUAAAAUACACAUGACUCACCUACUGUCAGUGAGAGUUGGUGCUUCAUUGAACCCGCAUAAUAUCAACCUCAACCAAUAUAUAUACAGUAGUGCAGAUAUGGAGUUUGCCACAUCAGCUUCUUAAAAGCAACCCAUAAUUUUAGGAAGAGCAUUAGUGUCAUUGAAUACAUCUCUAUUUAAAGCCCCUGAAAAAGGACCCGCAGCUAGCCAGCCCACACAUUGAUGACAAAUUGGGCUGCCCAAUUUGGCCCGCUUUCAACCCCUAAACAAGUACCCUGUGCUAUAUACACAAAUGGAAAAUUGGGCCGCGGCUUUGCUCCUCCCGCUCUACUCUAAACAAUUUUUCCACAAACCCAAAUAGCAGCGGCCCAGCUACGAAUCUCCAGCAGCGGUACGACCCUAAUUGCCGCCGGAAACUCCUAUUCACCGACUCACCGUUGUCGUCGAUCAAUAUCUUCAGUACAUUACUAUAUUAGUACGUACAAAACGUUAUAAAUUAUUUUUAAAAUAAAAAUACAUUUAAAAGUUCGAUAACCGUUAUAAAAUGCUAACAAAAUGCAAAUGUCAAAGUGAAGAUAAGUAAAAUAUCAUUAAAUUAUUGAUUUCAUGUUUUAAUGUAUGAGUAUUAAACAUUCUAUAUGUAUUUUUUUUAACAAAACCAAACACAUUUUAUACGUGUUGUGUUGUAUAAAUGAAAGAUCAAACAAACUGGAAAAAAAUAAGACAACUUUACAAUAAUAAUGAAAUGUGAGUUUAAAUUCAUUUAUUACGGCAAUGGAUGCUAACUGAGUACUAAAUCUAAUUUUGCCAACUAUGUUUAACAUUUUGCUAACCGGUAAUGGAAUGCAUAGAUGAUCAGCCUUAAUGCUAACAUUUUGAUGUGUUAAAUGUGCGAUACUACAUAUAUGUGCUACCUAUAUCUCAAAAAAUAAAACCCAAAAUGACAUAUUAUUCGGGAGAUCGGGCCCCUGCCCCGUGGGAAUUAAAGGUAAAUUUCUUAUUAUUUAAAAUCUUUUACCCUAAUAAACUUUGUUUUCUCUCUAAAGGACAACUUUUUUUUGUCUUCCUUAAAUAAUUAGUUCCAACACACUGCGAGGGAUGGAACCAGCGUGUAUCAAGGGGGUCAUGCCCCCCCUAAACUUAAAAAUAUAAUGAAAGUUUGAUAUAACAACUAAAGUCUUUUGUAGCAUAGUGGUGCUGACACUUAUAUUUCUCCAUAGUUACCGUGAGGAUAAGGGUGCAAACCUCUGUUAUUUUUGGAAAGCUCAUUUUGCUUUAAUUGACUCUCAUUACACCCUUUUACGAUGAGGAUUGAGGAUGAGGGCAAGUCUCCUUUAUGUUUUCCUUCAAGACUCAUUUUGCUUAAAUUAAUAAAUUGGCUCUUCCUAGUUCAUACUAGGGAUGGCAUAUCAGACCGCGCGGGCGGGUACCCGCCCGAAAACCGGCUGGGCGGAGCAGUUUUUACCCGGAGUUGACGGUGAUUUAACGGAUUCGGGGAAACCCGUUAUCCGUGGAUAACGGACAUCGGGCGGUGACGGAGUCCAGGCUAUCCGCCCCGAGCCAUAAAAACGACGUCGUAUUAUGAGCAUAUAUAUAUCCAUCAGUCGAGCAGAGAAACCCUAAUCCCUAAUUGGAAAAGCGCCGCUCUCUCACUCUCUCUUCUCCUCUCAGUUCUCUGCUCUCAAUCGCCUCUCAAAUCGAUUCGAUCCCCCCCCCCCCCUCCCGCCCGCGAAAUUCUCUCCACCCAGGCUAUCAAUCAUUCAUUAUCCACCAAUCAAAGCCUAAUAUCCUCAUCGAUUUAGGCAAAGAACAACAUGCAAAAGGAGAAGAAUCAGAAGAUGACUGUUCCAAUCUCCGAUUCGAGGUUAUUGGGAGGAUUUGUCGUCGAUUAUUGUUCCGAUAAUCCAGAACUCGAGAUAAGUACCUUCCAAUUCAAUUCUUCUUUCUUGUUUCAGUUUCUUGCUUUAGUUUUAGGUUCGUUCAAAUUAACUCGAGUCGAUUGGUUCUUUCUAGGGCUCUUCUGUUUCAUCUUCAUCUGCACCUGGGACUGCAUGCAUGCUCUGAUACUCGAGGUAAUUCCUAAUCAAAUUUCCUUAGUCGGUUACUCAGUUAGUGUUUAGUAAUUAGUAGUUUGUUGUAUUGACUUUGACUCAUUGGAUUGUAAUGUUUGUACUUUUGUUUGAGUUUUUGCAGUUUUGUAUCAGGCAUCAGUUCACCAUCCACAACUCUGGACAAUAGACCCCCUCUGUCCAGAUUCGAGGUUAGUUAAAGAAUUAAGGACAUUUUACUUA